CAGACCAGACCUACAGGACACAGGACCAGCUAGCGCCAGGGUACUUAACUUCACUACAACACCGUCAGUUCGUCAGUUCGUCCGUUCCCCCGGCUGUGACGUCAUGAAGAGGUCGCGACCCCUGAUGGAGGGGUUCCACACGCCCAACUCCUUCGACCCCUUCCAGCUGUUCGAGGUGGAACACCGGCCAUGCCUGAUGCUGCACGUGACCGUUUUAAGGGGCAGGAACAUCACUAAGGGCUGGGCGGGCGACUUGGUUGACAUCCCGGACCCUUACGUCGCCCUAAAACUGCACGGAGCCAUAGAAGGCAAACGCCGAACGCGUCACAUCGACAACGACGUGAACCCCGAGUGGGACGAGAGCUUCACGUUCCUGCUGGACUCGACCCAGAAGUACAGUCUGGACAUCACGCUGUGGGACGCUAAUUACACCAUAGACGAGUCGCUGGGGACGGUCACGUACGAGCUGGACGGCUUCAGGGUGUUCGACGCCAGGACGGAGACGUUCAGAUUCUACAGCACUUCAGAGGUAGACAUCAAAUUCGAGACAGAAUUAAAUCAGCACCCCGAUUUGAGGUACAGUCUGGCUCUGUGUGACGAGGAGAAAAACUUCAUGGUGGCGCGGAAGAAGCGUGUGGGAUACGCCAUCCGGGACCUGGUGGGAGAGGAGAGGGGACCCAGGCACUACAAGGAGGUUCCCCGCGUGGCCAUCCUGGGUUCCGGAGGCGGGUUCCGGGCUAUGAUCGGGAUGGCUGGAGCCGUGAAGGCGCUGUCUGACGCCAAGGUGCUGGACUGUGCCACUUACCUGGUGGGGUUGUCAGGGUCCUCAUGGUACAUCUCCACGCUGUACUCUCACAAAGACUGGCCAAAAGCGACGCCUGGCGAGCUUCAGGAGGAACUGAAGCAUCACGUGGACUCCAGCCUGUUCUACCUGCUGAAGCCGCGCCUGCUGUACCGGUACACGGACGCCAUCAUGCGGAAGCGGACGGUAGGGCAGCCCGUCAGCUUCACGGACUUCUUCGGGCACCUGGUGGGAGAGACGCUCAUCAAAGACAGACUAGACUUUAAGCUGUCAGACAUGCAGGAGAAGAUCCGGGACGGCCAGGCGCCCAUGCCGCUCAUCACGUGUGUACACGUCAGACAUGACGUAGCCGCUCUCGUCUUCCACGAGUGGGUAGAGUUCACGCCGUACGAAGUUGGGAUGGCGAAAUACGGAACCUUCAUGCGGACUGAACUGUUCGGCAGCAAGUUCUUCAUGGGCUGUCUGGCAAAGAGGUUUCCGGAGGCGCCACUACACUUCCUCAUGGGCAUCUGGGGCAGCGCCUUCACCAUCCUGUUUAACCGACUCAUGAUGGAGAAAAAAAGCGAACCGGAGGAUCUGCAGAAAGAGUUAGAAGAGACUUUGGCGCGGGACGCCCGCAGAGAGAAGGCAGAAAAGAAGAAGCUGGAGAGAACAAACAGCAUCCUGGAUGACGACAGCGACAGCGAUGACGAUGAGUUCUGUCAGCAGAGUACAGCGGACGGAAGACAGAAGAAACCGUCACAGACCGGCUUCUACAACAACUGGCUUAUGUCCAUUUUCACGGGGUCCUCUCUGUUCGCCACACGCGAGGGUCGCGCGGGGAAGGUGCACAACUUCAUGCGGGGACUUUCCCUCAACAACACAUACCCGAUCUCCCCAUUCACACCCCCACCCAUCCGCAGACAGGCGUAUGCACUGCCCAACCAGUCAAGUGAGUCGUUUGACGGAAUCCACGAGCCUCUGAACGUGGAGGAGAAGAAGUUGUACAUGGUGGACGGCGGGCUGACCUUCAACUCGCCCUACCCUGCCGUCCUGCGGCCCCAGCGCGACGUGGACCUCAUCCUGUCUUACGACUUCAGCGCCAGAACCAGCGACUCCAGUCGGCCCUUCAGGGAGUUGUUGCUAGCAGAGAAGUGGGCCCGGAUAAACGGCGUCCCGUUCCCGCCGAUAGACACCAGCGUGUUUGACCGGGAAGGGAUGAAGGAAUGUUACGUUUUUAAACACCCCACAGACGACAAGUGUCCCAUCGUGCUUCACUUCGUCCUUGUCAACAUCGAGUUCAGGAAGUUCAAGAAACCAGGCGUGAAGCGGGAGACGGAGGAGGAGCUGGAGUUCGCGAACUUUGACCUGUUCGAUGACCCGAACACGCCCUUCUCGACCUUCAACUUCUGCUACCCGCACAAGGCGUUUGACCAGCUGGCGCAGCUCAUGGAGUUCAACACGCUGCAAAGUCUGGACAUUAUCAAGGACAACAUGGCGGAGUGCGUGCAGCGCAGGCGCAGAGGAGGCCCGCGGCCGAACCUUGACCUUGCUGACGUCAAGAGAAACUCCUUCAAGAACUCCAAGAAGAAACUGCGUCAGCUGAUCAGAACUUUCUCCAUCGACUCGGACACGUGAUACCAUGGAAACGCCAUGGCAACGCCAUGCAAACAAACAAAAUUAUUAUGCAAUGCAAAUAAACGUUUUUGCAGGGAUUAGAUCAGAUUUUUGUGAAGAAACAUGAUACGAGUGGAAAUAUAAUUGUUUUAUACCAAUUUACCGAGUGUCACUUUUAACAAAGAUGCUAUGAAAAUCAUUCUAUACGCUGCAUUUUAUCGUUAUUGCGUCAUGCUUACGUCAUCAGAAGUUGAUGUAUAAUCAAUAUUUGUGAAUUAUCAUUCACAACUGACGAAUAAUGUCAUAACUUAUUGUUUGUUCUCUUUAACUUGUUGUACAUAUUCAUAUCUUGUUGCAAUUUUACGAUGUUUGAAGUUUUUGCUUUCCUGACGUAUUGACUUGGAUUCUUAGUCUAGACCCGGUUGCCUUGGAUGAAUAGAUGUUAGUGAAUUCUAUAAAGCCUUACUGUCAGAGUGAUAGAUACAUUUGUGGCAAACUCUGGCUCAAUAUAGCUUGGUCACUGGAUGAUCAUGUGAUGACCAUGUGAUGACCAUGUAAUGAUCACGCGAUGACCACGUGAUGAACAUGUGAUAACCACUCGGCAAAAUUGAAACCCAAGUUGAAAUUUUACAUGAAUGCCAUAACGUAGAAAUGUGUUACAGAAACUACGUUGCUGGUUGUAUUUCGCUGUGAAUACAUUAUGUCCUGUAUGGGAAUAUAGUUUAGUCCAAUAGUCGUUUUUCUUCCAUGGAAAGUUUUGAAAUGCCAUGAAUUAUGUUGAAGAAAGCCUGAAUUUACAGUUGUGAUAUAAGCCGAUUCUGUAAAUAUCUGGAGUUUUCAAUAAACUAUUCUCGCCAUGAUA